AUGGCCGUCUCAUCCCACCUGUCCCGUAAACGGACAGAGGAUACAUUCUUACAAUUUCUCACGAACUCUUCCUCGAUAAUAAUUGUUUUUCUCAACGAACUUGCCGCUGCGUUUGCCGCUGCUGGGUCAUCGUCAAUGGAAGCCCAAAAGAUUGUAGAACAAUACCUGGAGAAUGCCCCAGACAGCAGCCUGGCCAACGUGCUGUCCAAGGAACAACAACGGAAAAAGCUCAACAUGAUAGCAGAUGACAUUCUGUCUAAUUACCUCGACCCUAAAGCAUAUCGUUGCUGUCCAGUCAGGGAUUUUCUUCGGGAGAUUUUCGCGAGGGUCGUGCUGGAGUCAACGGUUGCCAGUCUUUCUCGCCCCGAGUUUAUAAAUGAAUGGAUCAUCUACCUGCUUCAGGAUGGUGAAUCCGAGAUCAUGCAUGCAAUCGAUGCUGGCGUCGAAGGUGCACGGAACCAGGGCGUUAGAUCCUCGACAGUUUCAGAAAAUCCGAAAAGUGUACUAUCCGAACCACCUCUAUCUCGGGCCACUGAAGGCCCAUCUGAUCAGGUAGAUAUGGCAACAGAGGAAGCUAUGCGAGAGGCAAAACGUCUGAGCGCCAUGAUUGCUUCGCAAGAUAUUGGCACCGCUCCGCAACCCAUGAUUCAAGGCGACUUUGGCAAAGAUAUUUCACCUUCCAGUGUGGAGGAUGCUUUAAGCUCGUUGACGCAGCCUACAACCGAGACCACAGGGGCCAGUGGCCAGAUAGAACCAAUGCCCACGGCUGUGCAGACAUCAUUAAUGACUCCGCACCGAGAAGAAGCCCAAGCCCCACCCGUGAGCCUCCAUGGAGCUCAGGUAAUGGUAGACGACGAUGCAGCAGGAAGAGAGAAGGGUGUCAUUAAAUCGAAGCCAACAUGGGACUACUUACUCCAGGUUGAACCAACUUCUACUCGCUCCACUGGAUGGAUGGUGUUUCGAAAAUACAAUGACUUCCAGUCUUUGCACGAAAUGCUGGAGACAGUGGCUCGAUUGAACCGAAUCCAGGGUUUCUCGGACAAAUUCCCCACUUUACCUUCUUGGAAGGGUAGGACUAGACACGACCUGUCUCGGGACCUCGAGCGAUAUUUGCAGGAGGCCGUGAAGCAUGAGUCUUUUGCGGAAACCGACCGAAUGCGACGAUUUCUGGAAAAGGAGAGUGGCUCCAACGAAAUAGGCACGGCCAAAACUGGAUAUUCCUUCCCCAGCCAGACUACGUUUGAGAAUAUGGGUAAGGGUGUUUUGGGGGCGUUGACCAAUGCUCCGAAAGGAGUGGCAGGGGGUGGUAAAGCGGUUUUCGAUGGUAUGACAGGGGUCUUUGGGGUGACCAGUCAUAGCAGAAAGCGAACCAACUCUUCCAACCAACAAACUCAGCCCCCUAAAGGUGCCCCAGACCCCGACCAUGCAGCUACGAUGGCCUCGUCAACCCCUUGCUCGGAAUAUGAUGGACAGGAUACUCCUCCAUUGUCUUCCAGUGAGAGCAGUGAUAGCGUUAACCCGACCGUUAGUGAACAGGACGCGUGGACCUCGGAGUCGCUGCUCCGGGCCCCGGGGGACCGAAAAUCAUCAGAGUCGAACAGGCGCGUUGAGGAAGUGCAAAACAAAGCGGCCCCUGGGCCGUUAUCGUCGUCAUUUCCCAAUGACUUGAUAGGGAGUAGUGAUUCAGACCUUGUUUCGCAAAGCAUGCGUCCACAGAAAACCCCUAUUACUGCGGACGAGACUCAGAUUGCAGUAGAAUUGAUCUUUGCGGUGAUCAACGAGCUAUAUACGUUGUCCUCAGCUUGGAACAUCAGGCGCACCUUGUUGAAUGCGGCCAAGUCAUAUAUCCUGCGCCCAGGUAGCCCAACCCUUGAAACGAUACGUGCAUUGCUGCAGAAUUCCAUGAUUGAAAGCCACACGUCAGAUGAUGCGCUUGGCGAGUACGUGAAGAAGCUCCGUGAGAAUGCCCUUCCGACUGAAGAUGAGUUCAAGGCAUGGCCCCCACCACCUACCGAGGAGGAGAAAGAGCAGUUACGGGAUAAGGCACGUCGACUCUUUGUUCAGCGAGGAAUUCCGCAGGCGCUCACUAGUGUCAUGGGUGCAGCCGCUAGUCGGGAAGCCCUGGAAAAGAUCUUUGAUAGCCUUCAGGUUGAAAGUGUGGCACAGGGAUUUGUUUUCUCGGUCCUUUUGCAAGGCCUACGGGUCCUAACGCUAUGA